GGUAGAUCGAAACCUUGAAGAUUAAGCUGCUUUACUAGUCAAAUUUCGGCACUUCAGUUGACGUCAUACGUGGAGGACUCUUUGAUCGCCGAACCUGACAACCCUGCAGAUCAUUUAAUUAGGACACAAAUCCAGCAACCUUUGGCCAUGAAGUCCCCAAUCCCCGACUAUCUUAGGGUUGUGCUGGAGAAUGCGCGCCCGGUUGAAUCGGGCGAACCUGCCAGCUAUAUUGAUGUUCUGGCCAACGCCGACACGUCGAAGAUGGCAGUGGCGCUGGCAACAGUGGAUGGCCACCUAUACUCGGCCGGGGACGACCAGGUCGAAUUCUCCAUCCAAUCCAUCUCCAAGGCGUUUGUCUAUGCGCUGGCGAUCCAAGAUGCGGGACUGCCGCGGGUCUUGGAGAAGAUUGGCGUAGAACCGUCCGGCGACGCGUUCAACAAACUGUCGCUGGAGCGCGUCACCAAUCGGCCCAUGAACCCCAUGAUCAACGCCGGCGCCAUCGCCGCGCACUCGUUGGUCGUGGGGCCUGACGCCACGGCAGAGCAGCGAGUCGAGCGUAUAUUGGCGAAACUGUCCAAGCUGGCGGGCCGACAGUUGCAUGUGGACGAAGCCGUGUACGAGGCCGAGUUUAGGGAUGCCAACCGCAACAUGGGCAUCGGUUACAUGCUCAAGGCAGCGGGCAUCAUAAGCUGCGAUCCACGGGAAGCGGUGCGUGGCUAUGUUCGCCAGUGUGCCAUCAACGUCAACGUGCGCGACCUCGCCAUGAUGGCGGCAACCCUCGGCAACGCCGGUGUCCACCCAAUCUCGGGCGAGGAGAUCAUCCCCCACCACAGCGUGCGCCAGGUCCUGUCCGUCAUGACCACUUGCGGCAUGUACGACGCUGCCGGCGACUGGGUCUCCAACGUCGGGAUCCCCGCAAAGAGCGGCGUGGCUGGCGGCAUCAUCGGCGCCCUGCCGGGCCAAGUCGGCCUCGCCGUCUUCUCGCCCAAGCUGGACGCACGCGGCACCAGCGUGCGGGGCGUCAUCAUGUGCGAGCAGCUGUCGCGCGACAUGGGCCUGCACAUGAUGGACGUCAGCCAGAUCGGCAGGGCCACCGUGCGGACCUGGGUCAAGACCAUUUCCGGCGGCACGCUCCAGCCCCACGGGUGCGACCAGAAGGUGGCCGUCUUCGAUCUGCGGGGUGCUGUUCGCUUCGCGGGCGCCGAGCGCCUCACUCAUGCUGUUGCGCGCGAGCUCGGCGACCCCAACCCUGAGGACCCGGGUUCUGGACGGCAUGCGGAUGCCUGUGCGGUCAUUUUCUCGUUCCGCGACGCGUAUUCCCUCAACCAUGUGGCUCAGCGGAUCAUACGGGAAAACAUCCGUCGCUUGCUUACAGGGGAGAGGAAUGUGGUGGUGAUCGAUCCCUCUGGGGUCUUGAAGAUGAAUGGCGAUGAUGCACCCGAAGCCCGUCAACCACGCGUGGUCAGGAACGAAGCAGAGGCGCGUGAGUAUAUCGGAGGUGCGGGUUGUCGGGUCGUGUCAAACAGCGACGAUUGGUGAACUCGUACAAUCUCUGAAAACCCGGCCUCUUUCAGGGGCUAAACAAUGGUAUUCCUCAUGCCUCUGAUCCACGUGCUAUGCGCUAUAUAAUGCCUUCCAAUUACAAUGCAGAUACUGUGCUGAAAAUCUACGGAUACUUUGGCUGAGAAAACGCCUUUGGUCCAAACCAUUUCCCUUUCACGAAGCUACUCCAAUAGAUGCUUGGCUUUGGACAAACUAGUUAGCUUCGCAUUGCAGAACAAGGGCCCGACUUGAUGAAAACUUACAAAGAAAUCCUUCUUCAAGUGGUAAAACGCGCGUCUCGGUUUCUCCUGGCCACCGACAAGGCUUGAGAACGUCUCCUUUGGCACCCCGCCGUACUUGAACUCGCAGAGCAUGAGCUCGUUGUGUCCAGUCAACAGUGGACAGCUCGCAUAGC